UUGAAAAUGCAAAAAAUGCCGUUUAUUUUCCCACAUUUGCUAUGUAAUAUUAUUUGUAAGUGAUGAAUCUUCCAAGUGUGUUUAUUCUAAAGGGAAUUCUGCUCUGCUCUUCCUUUGGAAUGCGUCGGAACCGGAAGUGGUGGUGACGUCACGGUCGCUCUCGUAUUCCCAGUGCAGGACAACAACUGACUGACUGACUGAGGAGACUGAAAACUUUGACAAACUCUUCCAAAAAGCCGCUUUAAAGUUUAUUAAAGUUUCCCUCCGUGAUGCGCGGGCGUGUUUAAAGCGGGCUGGCCGUGUGGCAGAUGUGGACUGGCUGUUAGUGGUGGAUGGAGUCGGGGUUCGGUGUCCAGCGGAGGGCCGGCGGCGGCUCGCCCGCUGUGGGAGCGUCGCAGCGCCGCAGGAAGAUGCCGCCCAGAGCCGCUGAUUAUAAACUGCAGGUGAUCAUCAUCGGCUCCCGUGGUGUGGGAAAGACCAGCCUGAUGGAAAGAUUCACGGAUGACACCUUCUGCGAGGCGUGCAAGUCUACUGUGGGUGUGGAUUUUAAAAUCAAAACGGUGGAGCUGAGAGGAAAGAAGAUCAGGUUACAGAUCUGGGACACAGCAGGUCAGGAGAGGUUUAACAGCAUCACUUCAGCGUAUUACCGCGGCGCAAAAGGCAUCGUGCUGGUCUACGACAUCACCAAGCAGGAAACCUUUGACGACCUGCCUAAAUGGAUGAAGAUGAUAGACAAGUAUGCGUCAGAGGAUGCUGAGCUCCUAUUGGUUGGGAACAAACUGGACUGCGAGUCUGAUCGCGCCAUCUCACGACAACAAGCGGAGAGGUUUGCUUCACGGAUAUCAGGGAUGCGUUUCUGUGAGGCCAGUGCCAAGGAUAACUUUAACGUGGAUGAGAUAUUCCUUAAACUAGUUGAUGACAUUUUGAGUAAGAUGCCACUUGAAGUCCCCAGUAAAGAGCUGUCCAACAGUGUCCUGUCUCUUCAGCCCGAACCUGAAAUCCCACCAGAGCUGCCUCCACCUCGCAUGCGCUGCUGUUGAGACUCGGUUCAUGCUUUAUUUAGAAACCCAACAACUCCUUCCCUCUUAUAAUCCAACACAUGCUGUUACAGACUCCCACCACCAAGGGCCCAUGUCGUGAUGCCCUCACACCAAUGAGCUUGAGACUUCAGCCCAAUAUGGUUGAUGAGAUGAUGGCCAGAGAAGAUGAAAGACAAAACACUCAAUAUUGCAUUUAAUGUUCCCUCGCUGUAGAUUACGCACAAAUGAUAGACUGUGCAAUUAAUUAUAGUCCAUAUUUUGGUACCUCUAGAUGCCAAUAAAGAACAUCCCUAUCAUCACACACAAACAUAGAUGCAUUUAUUUUUGACGGCCCAUACAUACACUACCUCAUUUCUGGGAAGCACACGAUUACGUUGAUCUGACACGUGCCUUUCCUAUCGGAUACCGCUGCACACGCGCCACAAACACGCAUGAUACGAGAACAAACAUAUGUCGUAACCCAUCAACACCUAUUUAUAUGUAUUUUACAUAAUCACUCUUAGCAGAAACAAGAAACUACCAUUUAUAUCAGACAAUUGAGACUCUACCUUGUCUUUCACUUCUCUUCACGUUUCAAGUACACAUUCGACAUUUCUCAUGGAAAACGUUCCUGGUCUCAAAUUGAGAAGCUCUUUUCCAAAUUGAUUUGGCAUUAAAAGCAGAUCUACAUUUAAUGCCAAGUGGAAUUUAUUUCUGUCAGCUGUGUGUUUGCGAGGUGGUUUGUUCGGGCACAUUAUUAAUCGCCAGCGUGGUUGGGGUUGAAGUUUAUAAUGUCUUUAUGCCUUACGUUCAUUGUUACUGUUUUUGAGGUGGGCGUCUGUUGAGUUAUCCGUUGUGUUUUGCACUACAAUCCAUUCGUAGCUAGUUUACAAACAGCUAAAAUGCAGAACGUUAGUGAAGGACCUGUGUACAGAAGAUUAACCUCAUCAUUCAGAGUUUUGUUGUUUAGCAGUUUCAGUGUCAUUUAACUUGAGUAGAAUAAAGGAAGGUCAUUAAUUGGGUGUCACACAGACUGAGUUCAUUGUUUUAUUUGCUGGAUCUGGAUCGCAGAACUGAAAUGCUCUCACCGAAAGGGCUAUUUCUCCGUGGAGAGCAGGGACAUUUAAGAGGAUCGUUUUGAUGCUCGGACAGCGUCACUAACUGAAGUACACUCGUUCUCUUCAGUUAACAUCACUAUGCCUCUGCGUUCUUGGAAAACACUGAUUCUACUGGAUUUUCGUUGAAUUGAGUUAUUUGCCUGUGUUAGAUGAAGGACUAUAGUAAUGAUGUUGUGUAAUAUAAAACUUUAUAACAGGUAUUAGAUUGGAAAUGCUGUUUCAACUGAAGUUGAACUCACUAGCUGGCACCUAUGGAAGCUUGUUUCCGCCACUGAAUAAAAAAGGUAACUGCGACUUUUUAUCUCACAAUUCUGACUUUUUUUUCUCAGAAUUGCGAGAUUUAAACUUGCAGUUGCGAGAAGUCAGAAGAAAAAACGUCACUCUUUUUUUCCCUCACAAUUGGACAUUAUAUCAUGCAACUGCAAGUUUAUAUCUCACAAUUCUGGUUUAUAUCACGCAAUUCUGACAUUAUAUAUCAUGCAAUUCUGACUUUAUAACUCGCAAUUGCAAGCGUUCGCAAUAGCGAGGAAAAAAGACAGAAUUGUGAGAUAAAAAGCCGCAAUUACCUUUUUUAUUUUUUAUUUCAUGGCAACAAGCUUCCAUAGGUACCAGAUAUGCAGUAGCAACUGGCUUUUUGUCUGAGUUUUUGGGAAUAUGAUGCAUUUUUAAGUAGCAAUUGUCCUUGAAUAUAGAGGACUGACAGUGUUACUGUGCGUCUGGAACAAAAAAAAAAAAAAAAAAAACUUUUUUGUUUUAUUUGGUGAAUUUCAUGAAAAUAUGUGUGGGUCAUAUCUGACCCCAAAAUCAAAAGAAAAAACAUUUUUUGCUUAAAAAUAUAUUGCAAAAGUGUUUAUUUGACAUUGUUUUAAUGACAGUUAAGUACCCCUCUCCCCUUCUAAUUACCAUAGUGUGGGAAAAAAAAAAACGUUUUCAUCUUUAAAUAAUGGUAGUACAACAUAUAUUACCAAAUAUUGUUUUGUUUUUUUUGUUUUUUUUUACAAAUAAAUAUAAUGCGUAAUUUUCUUUCUCAUUACAGUGAUAUAGGUGGAAAUGUGUUUAAUUUUCUUGAAAAUAAUGUCAUUAUCUUUAUAAAAAAAAAUUAUUUUUCUGUUUGGGGUGAAAUAUGACCUGUAAAUGUUCUGGACAGGUUUAGUGAUAUCCUCUGUACGUCAACUAAUAGAAAGGUGAUGUACGUGUGUAGUGGAAGUGAGUUUACGUUGUUUCUCGUCAGAAACCAGUGUACUAAACAACCCAAACCUUGAGUCUGUUUUCUGUUUUUGACGGACUAAUGUCCGCUGCUGAGGUGAAAAAUAGCUUUUUUGCUGUAGCUUUUCUUCUGUAUUAUUUGAAUAUUUUUCAAAUUUAACUUCUUUUAACUGUGUGUCCUUUGAAAGUUUAUAACCAACCUAAACCUGUCGGUUUUGUGUUAACAGUGUUAGGCAGAUUGUACUACUAACCUCAAAAUGUUAAUGUUUGCAGGCUUGUGCCAUAUUGUAACCUUAUGAGAUACUCUAAUGAUCAUUUCACCAAGUGCUUUUUACUUUCUUUCUCUGCAGGAUUGGCAAAUGUAUAAUUUAUUUUGGAUUGUAGCUGAAUUCCUUCUGAAUCUGGAGUCAGAUUUACUAUACUUUUAUCAUUAUUUCUCCAUUUUAUUUACUUGUUUCAAGGCGCUCUCUCAAACCUUUUAUUUUUCUUGUUUGUAUUUAUAUUUUAUUUUGUUUCUGUGUUUGAAGCUUAGUUUGUCUUCCUCAGAGGAACUGACUUCAUGUUCUGCAGAAAGACUGUCAAUGACAUCAGUUGUCUUGAAAAAGUUAAACCCAACACGUUCUUCAAACUUCUCAAUUAGUAGCAAUACGUGUUGCCUUUAUGAACCUUCAUUUUGUACAGAAUAACUUUAGUCUCUCAGCCAAUCGCAGUAUUUACUACAUUACAAAAACAAAAAAAUGAAACAGAUCCUCAUUACAUUGCAAAAUAGAAGAGUACUUUGUACGAUUAAUACAUUGAUAUUAGUUAUUUGAAACAGUUUGGCAUGUUAAGCAGUUUUGUGGUAUUUAUAACUUGUGGCAUUCUUAAACUAAUGAAGUGCAAAUAAAGAUAUAUAUUUAUUACAUA